UAGCAACAGAGGUACAAUGUUUAUAACACAGUAGCCGAUUAUUUUACAUGGAAACCUGCAUUCGUUACAAAUGUCACUGUAGAGAGUUGUCAUAUUGCUCGUUCACUGGGAGCGGAUACAAUCAACGUCAGCCAAAAAACACGCUUGGAUAUUUAUUUAUUCGCAAAAGAUUGAUACUCUUAAGGUGUAGUUCAUCUCUUUAGACUGCAGCCCUGAUGGUGUAGCUGAGCCUGGCACAAUGAUGGCCUCACAGGUACCCCCGGCACCCCAAGUUGAGCGUGGGUCAAGGGGGAGCCGGAGGGACAGGAGGGAGGAGAGGGGGGACAGCACUGCCCGGGACCCACUGCAGCUCCAGGCUGAUAUCGAAGCCCUCACGGCAGCCGGACACCGAGCUCUACUGGGGAGAGACACGGUGGAGGCAUUGGCAUGCUUCAAGAAGGCUUUCCUGACUUCCCUGCAGCUGAAGGAAGCCCAGGUGCAGCGAGCCUGUGCCUUCAACCUGGGAGCUGCCUAUGUGGAGGUGGGGAAGCCAGAAAAAGGUCUGGGCUUCUUGCAGCGAUCGCAGCCCCCGGGCGAGGGGGGAGAGGGGGUUGGUGAGAAGCGGGCGGACCUGCACUUCAAUCUGGGGGCGGCCCACGAUGCCCUGGGGCAACACGCCACUGCGGCCGAGCACUACCGCCAAGCCGCCGAGCAGUAUGGGAGCAGAGAAGGGGGGAGGAGCGAGGCAGAGGCGCGCAUGAAGCUGGGAUACUGUCACCUGCAGAUGAAGGAGCCUGCCAUGGCAGCCCACAGCUUCCAGAGAGCAGGGGAGUGCUACAGGGCAGCAGGGUGUGUGGAGCCAGCAGCCACGGCGCUCAGGGAGGCUGCAAACCACAUGCUGCAGAGCCAGGACUUCACUGCUGGGGAGAUCGAGCGUGUGCUGGGGGAGUGCAAGGAGCUGUGUGAGAGAAUCCACAACAAGGAGGGGCUAGGGAACCUGUACAAUGACGUGGGACUGAGCUUCUGCCAGCUCAAGCGCUUCUCCGAGGCGGCGGUGUGCUUCGAGCGAGCCUUGCCCCUGUCUGCAGGGGCGGAGGGGGGAGACCGCAGGAGGGAGGCCGUAGUGCUGCAGAACCUGGGGGCCGUCUACAACUCUCUGGGGGAGUACAGCCAGGCACGGGGCUUCCACAGGGAGGCAGCAGCCCUGCAUGGCUCCCGGGGGAACCGCAGCGCUCAGGGGCAGUGCUUCUGUAACCUGGCGUUUGCUCUGAGCCAACUGGAAGAGCAUGAAGACUCUGCAGAGAAUUACCUCCAUGCGCUGCAAGCGUUCCGAGACACCGGAGAUUUCCAUGGGCAGUGGCAGGCGUGUGAGGGGCUGGGAGCUGCUAAGUUCCGCCUGGGAGACCCGGAGAAAGCAAUGCUGUAUUACAAGGAAGCGCUGACUCUGCUGUCCAAGAGCAAGGACUCCUCGAGCUCGGCUCACGAGCGCAUCGUGAACAAGCUGACAGACGCCAUUCAGUUCAAACUAUCCACUCAGAGCCGUUACUCACACGCGAGAGGGAUCCAGCCAGCCACGCCCUUCAAGCUCCUCCCAGGAAGUGGCCCCGCCCCCCGACAGACCCCUCCCUCAUAUGUCGUCAGAGAGCUCAGUCAGCAGGGAGCCCCCCAGUUGAGCAGGGGCCCCCAGCCCACUGAGCCCCAAGGAGCCCAGCCCGAGCCAGGCCACAGGGGCCAGGGGGCGGAUUGCUGCAGCCAGCCCAGGGAAGAGACCUCACAACCGGCAGAGGAGCCAGGUGCAGAGGGCAGGACAGGCUGUGACAGUGUGGUGACACACCCGGAUUCAGAGCUCAGCGACAGACCAGACACAGAACCCCAGUACCAGACUGUGCAGCCUCAGGCCAACAGGAACCUGAACAACACUUACCUACAGCCGGACCCCCAUUACCAGAACGACCGCCUGAGCGGGACCCUGCUGCCCACACAGAGGAAGACAGGCCUGUGGAUCACAGCUCUGAGAUCUCCUGCAUUAGUGACGAACAGCACAGCAAUCAGACAGCAAGCAGGCGAUCCAGGCUGUGUGCUGUCAUGUGAACAGUGAAGAAGAUAUGUGACGGCUUCAUGAUGCACAAUGUCAACUUAUAUACAGAGUGUGUGUGUGUGUGUGUGUGUGUGUGUGUGUGUGUGUGUGUGUGUGUGUGUGUGUGUAUAUAUAUAUAUUAGGGAUGUCAGUUAAUCACAGUUAACUUCUGCAAUUAACAUGUUCAUUUCUUUGGCGAUUCAUUUUUUAAACACGUGUUAAUCGCACUCCCCUGGUUUGACCCUCUUAGCACACCGUAACUCACUGCCUGCUGCCCCAUGUUCAAGUGCAUGCAACGCAAUGAGUG